AUGUCGCCCAAGUCCUUCAAGUCCACCACCACCUUCGACAACGCCUCAACCCACACAACGUCCUCAACAGCCUCGACUCUCAAGGGCAUGUUCACAAAGUCAUUGAAGCUCAAGGCUGCCGAGAAGGCGCCCUCAGAUCCCAAGCUUCCAAGCAAGAAGUCUCCAGCAAAGGACUACACCGCUGCAGCUGUUCACCACGAAGCUGUUGCUCAGUACCUGGCCCUUCGGUGA